AUGGAGGAAGUCAAAAUGUACGAAGAGGAUGCUGAGUCUGAAGAUGACCAGUUUAAUGAAGAAGGGCCCCAAAAUAGGUAAUUUUUAAGUGUGAUUUGUUGAUAGUUUGCUCCAAAAUGAUACUUUUGACAGAAAAGAUCCAGAAUUUGGCAGUGAAGAUGAAAAAGAGCAAGAAAAUAGGUAUGCUGAAGAGAAAGGAGAUGAAUAUAAUGAUAAUGAAUUCUCAAAGAAUUUCAAUAAAUAUGAAGGCAGAGAGUCUCAAUUUGAUAAGAAUACAUCAGGUAUGACUGAUAGUAAGAGCAAGAACAAGAAGAUGGAAGAGGAAGAGAAACUUAAGCUUGAUGCACUUUUGCAUGGAGAAAUUGACCCUAAUAAAAAGAAUACCAAUGUAGAUAUAAACACUGGUCUUGAUCUUAAAAUCAGGCACAAGCUGCAUAAAAUCUUUCUAUCAAAUCCAAUCUUAUCAGAAGGAUUCACUGGAUUUCUUGCUUGGAGUUCUUCCCUAAUUUAUGUUGUCUUGUCAUAUUCAAACAGUGAAGGCUACUCCUGGUUUGAUAUUGUUGAUUUAUUGCUUUGUAUCGUCUUUCUUCUCGAAUUUUUACUGAGAAUAUAUGCUUCACAGAACAGGUUCAAAUAUUUAAAAAGUUUGCAUUCCCUUACCAAAAUUUUAAUUAUUUUUCCAAUUAUGAUAUUUUACAACAAUCAGUCGUCUUUGUAUCCGAAGGUAUUGAUUUCAAUUUCAAGAUAUUUAAGGAUCAUCAGAAUCACAAAUGUAUUGCCGAUAGUCUUCAGUAUUGGAGAGACUGAUGUUGCUCGAAAGCUUUACACCAUAAUAAUAUCUUCAGCAAUGCUACUUUAUAUCUCAACAGGGGUUAUUAUGACAAUCGAAAAUUAUGAUUUAGAGGAAAAGAGAGAUUAUUUCAUUUACUUCUACUUUAUAGUUGUAACCCUCUCAACUGUGGGAUAUGGAGAUAUCUACCCUGUGACUGAUGCAGGUCAAAUGUUUAUUACAGGAAUUAUCAUCUUUAUUAUUAUCAUGAUCCCGAAGCAGACAAAUGAGCUCCUGCGAUUGCUUAAUAUGCAAAGUCAGUAUUUUAGAGCCAAAUAUAAGAAGGAUCCAGAAAUCCCUCAUAUUGUAUUGACAGGAGAAGUAAGACUACCUGCUCUCAAAAACUUUUGUGAAGAGCUAUUCCAUGAAGAUCACCGUGAUCAGGAGAAACAUUCUGUGAUUCUUCUUCCUAACGACCCUGCAGCUGAUAUGGAAAUCUUUCUUAAUGAUCCAAAGUAUGAAGGUCUGUUAUUUUAUUUAGCUGGCAAUGCAAUUAAUUCUUUUGAUUUAUUCAGGUCAUGCCUUUCUUCAUGAAACGCUUGUAUAUUGAUGACCAAUAAAAACUCUAGAGAUGCCUAUGUUUCAGACCACAAGAACAUUCUAACAGGUCUGGCUAUGAAGAAGUACGUUCAAGAUAAACAAGGAAGCAAUACUCUAAGACUUUGAAUGCAGUUAAUUAAGCCUGAAAGCAAGCAGCAUUACUACUCUUCUGUAAACUUAGUUUCAAAUGAGGAUCAAUUAAUAAUAACAGAAGAGAUCAAGAUGAAUCUUCUCGCUAAAUCUUGAUUUUCUCCUGGAAUUUUGAGUCUUGUGUCCAAUCUGAUCUCAUCUAGCUCUGAAGCUGAAGACCAAGAGGUGGUUUGGCUCAAGGAAUACUCUGAAGGAAUGGAACAUGAAAUCUACAGAAUUCCACUUAGCCCAAAGAUGGAAGGAAAGUACUUCAAGGACAUUGUCAAGAUUAUUUACCUAAAGCUUAAAGCUAUUGUCUUUGGUCUUGAACUGACUUGCAACAAUAAGACUAUUAUUCGUUUGAACCCUAGCACAUUCAGAGUGAGCAAUAUUAUUGACAACAAGGCUCAUGUAUAUAUUGUAUGACCUGAUCAGACGAUUGCUGAAACAAUUGAGGUAAUUGAUAUGACCAAAGAGCAAAAGAAUGACUACUACAACUCUAAAAAUAAGGAAGAAAAGGUUCAAGAGAAAGUCCUACUUGGAUAUGAACAACUGCUUAACGAAGAGGAUGAUGAGGAAGAGGACGUCAUGUACUUCUUUGACCAAUAUGACACCAGAAAUGAGAAGGAUGAAGAAGUUGAUAUUUCUGAGGAUUAUUAUGUACUCAAGAAUCCAAAAUAAGCAAACUAAUGUCACAGUCUCUACUAUUGAAAAUAGCAUUGAAGUUAUCAAUCAUAUUGUCGUAUGAGGAAUUCACUCAGCAAUUUAUCAUUUUGUUUUGCCAUUGAGAGCUAGAUAUCUUAAGAACAUUCAAUAUAUUGUGAUAAUUAGUGAAGAUCCAAUUAGGCCAGAUAUUUGGGAAUCAAUUUCUAGGUUCCCUCGGAUUCUUCUCAUAAAUGGAUCUCCUCUAAGUAAAGAAACUCUUUUAAAAGCUAAUAUAAAUUAUGCUGAUAAAGCUGUGAUCCUUGGACAUGAUUCAACUCUAGAAAAUGAAAUUGAAGCAAAAAAUAAUGAGAUGCUUGAUUCAGAGACUAUCUUCAUUUACAAAACUAUCAAACAAUGUAACAGCGAUCUCCAAAUUAUGACAGAGCUGUUUUAUAGUUCAAAUAUUGAGUUCCUUUUGCCAAAGAGUCAGGUGAAUUUUGAUUAUAAAUAUUCAACUCUAUUUGCUGCUGGAGAGGUGUAUAUAUCAGCAAUCAUAGAUACUCUGACUUGUCAGUCCUAUUACAAUCCUCAUAUAGUGACUAUCUUACAGCAAAUUCUCAAAGGAGCAAGCGUUCCUGAUUCUGAAGUAAUGAUUGCCAAUCCUGAUCUUUGACAAUCAAAUCUGUGGCAAAUACCAGUCCCAGAGGAAUGUAUUAGUAAAACUUUUGAGCAGCUGUUCCUUUAUUUCCUCGAAAAAGAUCUUAUAUGUUUGGGUCUAUAUCGAUUAAAGGCUACCACUGACAAUGAUCUACCUUAUGUGUAUACCAAUCCAAGACCAAACACUUAUGUCACUCAUAAAGAUAAAGUUUUUGUGUUUGGAAAUGACAUUGAACAAGAAAAUGCACCGAAAAUCAUCCCCGACAUCACUCUUCAAGAGAGUAAAGUAGAUAUGUUCUCCACAUAUGAGUUGUUCAAACCGGCAUUUCUUCAAAAACAAAAAUUGAAUGGAUCCUACGACAAAAAUUUUGAUAAUCCGAAAAGGCCAGCUUCUAACCACAAGAAGCCAUCUGAUAUAGACAAAAUCCAAGAAGAAGAGAGCGUCACCUCCUCGAUGACAUCGAACAGAGACCACAGCAAGGAUAUGGAUAAUAGCUCUGUAGGAGAGCUCACAAUGAGUGCUAAUAAGUACAAGGCUAAAAUUAAACAGGAGGAAGACGAUAAAAUAUUUGGAGCAAACCCCAACAAGGUUUCAUCAUCUAUGGCUUCUAUUAUCAGAUCCCUCAAGAAGUCAACAGAUAUGGUUGAGGAAGAGGUUAAUAGCUUGCUCGCUUCUCUAGAUACUCAGAACAGGAUUGUCAAGAAGGCAGUCAAAGACCUUACACUUAACUAUUUAGAGAGUGCUAAGAAGGCCCAAGAGAUGUACGAUAAUGAAGACGAUUAA